CUAGUAACAGCGUUCAUGCUUAUUUUUCUACAGAUUGACAUAUUAUGAACAGACUGCAUAUCAGCCUAAAUGAGCGUUUUGUGGGAGGAACACUGGGUUUGUAGGAGAGCAGCGUGAUGGAGGAGAGAUAGAGAUCUGAUAGCCACUCCUGCUGUCACCUACACACUGAGUGUACACUAUCACUACUCGCACAGUGGAUGGGAUGCAUGGGCUGUGACCUCCUCCUCUUCAUGCAUAUAGAUCCUCCUCCUAACCAGCAGCAGCAAGUUGUGCAGAGAAAGUGUCUUUGAGUGGUGGCUGUGUUAGAGAUGUACUCGCCACAGAGAAAGGACUUUGUCUCUCUGACGCUGGGAGACCAACACAGCCGCAGCUACAGCAACGGCAAGCACCGUAGACAGUCCUGCUGGAGGAAAUGGAAGCAGCUCUCUCGGCUUCAGCGCAGCCUGAUUCUUUUCCUGAUGGCCUUCCUGUUCAUCUGCGGGAUUCUUUCCUAUCCCAGCCUGACAGAGCAGUGGAGAGGACUCUCUGAUAGAUUGUUGAAGGAGGACUGGGUUGAAAUGGAUAACAGAGGUCUCAGGCCCAUUCCUCCUGGCCUCGUCCCAAAUCUCCCACCAGGAGUUGUCCCGGGGGUCCAGGACAUCCCACCAGAAGUGAUGCCGGAAAUUCAAAGACCAAGCAUUCCAUUACUUCCCAAACCUCCAGCUAUGGUUUUUACAGCUCCUGCUGAAAAGAUCAGCUUAAACCUUAAACAAGAAUUGUGCUUUGUUUCUAAAUUCAAAAUAACUCCAGGACUCUCUGAUAGAUUGUUGAAGGAGGACUGGGUUGAAAUGGAUAACAGAGGUCUCAGGCCCAUUCCUCCUGGCCUCGUCCCAAAUCUCCCACCAGGAGUUGUCCCGGGGGUCCAGGACAUCCCACCAGAAGUGAUGCCGGAAAUUCAAAGACCAAGCAUUCCAUUACUUCCCAAACCUCCAGCUAUGAGGAAGCCCCCUAGCAAGCGUGGUCUUCCAGCCCUACAGAAGCGAGGGAAUGUGUCAGACUGGCAGGUGAAAGAUGAAGAAGCAGCCACGGUCAAGAGAGAUGAAGACGGAGGGAAAGAAGCAAAAGCAGUCAUUAGCUGGCGUGGGGCGAUGAUCGAGGCAGAGCAGGGGACGGAGCUUCAGUCCACUGCACAUGGAAAAGAAGGAACUGUGGCUGAUGCCGAGGAUUCUGCCAGCUUAAAACCAGUGAAGGCCGUGGAUCGUGUGGAAGCGGUGCGGGAGGCCUUCAGGCACGCAUGGAAUGGCUACAAGGCUUUUGCGUGGGGUCAUGAUGAACUGAAGCCCAUAUCUAAGACCCAUGGAGAGUGGUUUGGCUUGGGCCUCACUCUCAUAGAUGCACUGGACACCAUGUGGAUCUUGGGACUGAAAGACGAGUUUGCCGAGGCCAGGAAGUGGGUUGAGACAGAAUUGUUAUUUUCCAAGAAUGUAGACGUGAAUCUUUUUGAGAGUACCAUCCGUAUAUUGGGGGGUCUCUUGAGCACAUACCAUCUGACCGGAGACACUCUCUUCCUGGAUAAAGCUCAAGACAUUGGGUCCAGAUUAAUGCCUGCCUUCAAAACCCCAUCUAAAAUCCCCUACUCUGACGUGAACAUUGGUAAAGGAAGUGCUCACCCUCCACGCUGGACCACAGACAGCACAGUCGCAGAGGUGACCAGCAUUCAGCUGGAGUUCCGAGAGCUCAGCCGACUCACAAAGGACCCGCAGUACCAGAAUGCAGUGGAGGAGGUUACCAGACAGGUCCACCGACUGGAGGGAAAGCGUGAUGGUCUGGUGCCCAUGUUCAUCAACACAAACAGUGGGAAAUUCACACGUCGAGGGGCCUUGACGCUGGGGGCCCGUGCGGACAGCUACUACGAGUACCUGCUCAAACAGUGGCUGCAGGGUGGCAAGAAAGAAACUGAGCUGCUGGAGGACUAUCUUCAGGCUGUAGAAGGCGUCAGAAAGAAUCUCUUGAGACAGACUUCUCCUAGUAAACUGACCUUUGUUGGGGAGCUGUCCAACGGCCGUCUCAAUCCCAAAAUGGAUCAUUUGGUGUGUUUUCUUCCUGGCACGCUGGCUCUCGGUGCUCACAACGGCCUGCCCGCUGAUCACAUGGAGCUGGCUCUGCAGUUGAUGGAGACGUGUCAUCAGAUGUAUGCGCAGAUGGAGACGGGCCUGAGCCCAGAGAUCGCUCACUUUAACCUGCAGUCCAACAACGGACGGGACAUCGAUGUGAAGGUCAACCGCAGUCAGCCUCCGUGUUUUAUGGACUGA